CGCUCAUACCAUGGAGCCGCAAAGAGACAAGUUCAGCGAGCGGCCGGCCCGGAGCACCAAGGUCACCCAGGGGAGCCGCAGCGGGCACUCGUCGAGGCCCUCCGGCUCCUCCAGCUCGUCCGGGGUGCUCAUGGUGGGACCCAACUUCCGCGUGGGCAAGAAGAUCGGCUGUGGCAACUUUGGCGAGUUGAAGCUCGGUAAAAAUCUCUACACCAAUGAAUAUGUUGCUAUUAAACUGGAACCAGUGAAAUCCAGGGCGCCACAGUUGCAUUUGGAGUACCGCUUCUACAAGACUUUAGGAAGUACAGCCGAGGGCCUGCCCCAGGUCUUCUACUUUGGCCCCUGUGGGAAAUACAACGCCAUGGUCCUGGAGCUGCUGGGCCCCAGCCUGGAGGACCUCUUUGACCUCUGCGACAGGACCUUCUCCCUUAAGACGGUCUUAAUGAUAGCCAUACAGCUGCUCUCUCGGAUGGAGUAUGUGCACUCUAAAAACCUAAUCUAUAGAGAUGUCAAACCAGAAAACUUUCUCAUCGGACGGCAAGGGAACAAAAAAGACCACAUCAUCCACAUCAUUGACUUUGGUCUGGCCAAAGAAUACAUCGACCCUGAAACUAAAAAACACAUUCCAUACCGGGAGCACAAGAGCUUAACCGGUACCGCAAGAUACAUGUCCAUCAACACACAUUUGGGAAAAGAGCAAAGCCGACGAGAUGACCUGGAGGCCUUAGGUCACAUGUUCAUGUAUUUCCUCCGUGGCAGUUUACCAUGGCAAGGGCUAAAGGCGGACACUUUGAAAGAACGAUACCAGAAGAUCGGAGACACUAAGCGGAAUACUCCUAUCGAGGUCCUGUGUGAGAACUUCCCAGAGGAGAUGGCCACCUACCUGCGUUAUGUGAGGCGGCUUGACUUCUUUGAGAAGCCAGACUACGAAUACCUGAGGACACUUUUUACUGAGCUGUUUGAGCGGAAAGGAUACACCUUUGAUUACACCUAUGACUGGGUUGGCAGGCAAAUACCCACUCCCGUAGGUUCUGUGCACAUAGACUCCGGAGCGUCUGCCAUUACGAGAGAGAGCCAUGCCCACAGGGACCGGCCUUCACAGCAUCAGCCUCUGAGGAACCAGACGGCCGCCUCGGACCGGCGAGGAGCAUGGGAGGUGCAGCCCAGUCGCCAGGCAAACUCCGCCUCCUCCUACCUGACUUCUCACCUGGCCGCGGACAGGCACGGGGGCUCAGUGCAGGUUGUCAGCUCGACCAAUGGGGAGCUGAAUCCAGAUGACCCUAUGACGGCCCACUCCAAUGCACCAAUCACGGCUCAGGCAGAGGUGGAGGUGGUGGAUGAGGCAAACUGCGUGAAAAUGCUCAACCUGUGGUGCUGCUGCUUCUUCAAGCGGAAACGGAAGAAGAACACCCCGCGACAUAAAUGAUGGUCUGCCGGCCUGAAGCACUCGGCGUGCCUGGCUCGUCCUUCACAAGUUCUUGAGAUCCAAGUGAAUGACAAAGGGAGAGAGAGCUGAAAUCGCAUUUAUUUCCCCAGGAGGGACCAAUCAAAGUGUGUGUGUGUGUGUUUGUCCUGUUGAUGGGAGGCCUUGUUUGGAGAGGGGUGUAUGUGUGUUUGUGUCGUCAACUGGCCAGAAUGGAUUUUUUUAUUUGUAUAGUGAUUAUCUGGAGGAAAAGAGAACUUCUUCUCUCUGAGAUGGACUUUCCUAGCGCGUGUAUAGCGUGGACGCCAUCUCUCCUCUCCCAGUUGAAAUUGCAACGGAUUGAAGUGUCUCUUUCAGCCGGGAUCGCCCCUCCUCCUUCUCACUCUACCUGUUGCAUUCUGUGGUUUACACAGUCCUUUCUUGCACUCAUGAAACGGCGUAACUGCACCCAACCCAGACAUUUGUUUGUUUUUUUGUUUGGCAGAACGUUACUUUUGUCAUUCUUGGCACGGAACUGAAUGUAAUCAUGAAAAACACAAGUGGAACCCAUGAGUGUCCCUGCCGCAGUGUCCACCCAGUGGUGGUGUACUGUGAUACCCUGUAGAACACUCCAGAGGGGAAGGCAGAGAGCGGUACCUUUGCCCGGGGCUUGUGGCAGAGCACCGUGCUCUCCAGUGAACCGGUUGGGAUGCACAUGGCCUGCUUUCAACACUCCUCCCAAAACCAAAAGAAAAAGUCUUGUCACUUAAAAAAGAAAUGCUUUUUUCUUUUUUUCUUUUUUUACUUUUUGCCUUGUUUUAGUCUUGUUGGCUUUGUGAUUUUUGAAAAACUGGACACUGUAGGAUGGCUGGAGUAACAAAUAUAAUUGUAUUUAUGCUUAUGUAUGUCUUGAUUGCCACCUUUUAUCGAACCAUUCUUAAACAUACACAUUAAAUGUACAGACAUAAAAGUGUAAAAAGAAGUGCAUGGGAAUAUGAACAGUGUCCGAUAGAGACGAAAAACCGACCAAUCUAAUGUUAGUGGAAAAAAUAGAUGACAUGGAUAAGAGUCUGCGAGAGAAGCAAUGUUUUUGAGCCUCAACCGAACUGGACUUUGACCAUGUCUACGCCAGUAGACGCUGAAGUGGGAACGUUGCUUUGGGUGCAACAAGAGACAUCGGUGUGAUGUGCUUUCCAUCGCCGCCUCUUUACACUAAUGUUCAAUGCCUUAAACACACACACACACACACACACACACACACACACACACACACACACACACACACACACACACACACACACACACACACACACACACACACACACACACACACACUCUCUCUCUAGUGGGAUAAUGUGACCGGCUGAGGGAGUACUCGCAGUUGGACCUGCAGUUUGAACCCCUUGUUUUAAGAGCCACAUGGUCACCAUAAGUAUAGAGCAGUCAGAGUGGCUCGCCAGUGACAGAGGCGAGCAGGGCCAAGUGUAAUGAUGCCAAAUGGAAUGUUAUGUUAACCCAGAAACACUGAACAGAGGAGGCUGGGCCAUGUGUCCAGUGCAGCAAUGUUACAUGGCUUGGACCUCCACCAGUCAAACGCGGGUAAUUUUCCUUGACGUUAAUAAACAAACAAAAGGGGAUGGACCACCAGGGGUCUUUAUAAGGGAGAGUCUUGACCAACUUGGAGGAAUAUGUGUUAGCCAUUUUAAUAUAAUUCUUAGCGUUUUAUCUUCAAUGUAAAGUGUCAUGGAAGGCUGCCUUGAAACACUAUGUAUAACAAUGUCACCUUGCCUAUCCUCUUGACACCUUCCCGGAGUCCAUUUGAACGUUUUUAAUUGUAUUUUCUUUUUUACUUGUUAAAAUGAACUUUCAGAUGCACAUUUUAUUUUCCUUUCCAAAUUAGCCAUGUUUUUUAUUUAGGGGAAAGGGGGCGGGAGUACCAUUAAACAUGGCUGCACUACAUUUAUUAAUAACGGCCACUUUCACUAUAGAACCACCCCCUACAUGGGUUUAAUUGUUUUGGUUACCAUGUUUCUCUCCAUACUCUUGCACCCAUGCACACCAACUUACUACGUGCAAGGUUCACAGUGGGCAGCCGCAGCCAUUAGCAGCACAUUCUCAUCCUCACAUCUUUGAUGUGAAAUCUCCGGAUGGUGCAAUCUGUCCCACUGAGUCAGUAGAAUGGGUCUCAUUUUGUAACGUGUAUAUUAACACUGUAAAGCUCUGGGUCUGGCGUUAUUUUUUCACUCCCUCUGGGGGUGAGGUCUAAGUUAUUGUGUUAUUUGAAAUUACUUGAAUAUCUUUUGUUGGGAGUUUGUUUUGUUCUAGUUUUGAAUCAGAUUGGUGAAUCAAGAGAAAGCAUUGGGAGGCAUUGGAGGAAUAGGCUAUUUGAAUGGCAGGUAUUCAUUCCUUGGUGCCUCUUAAGUGUUGGUUACGGGGGACGAUGGUAACAUAGUCUCACCUCUAGGAUCCUGUAUAAAAGGGGUGAAUGAGUUGAAUGAACCGUAUAUUGGCCCUUUUUCUUUUCUUUUCUGUUGCAGUGCUGGCUUUAGUUUCAAACCUGUAGUUGAUUGAACUUAAGCUCAGUCUGAAAACAUAGCGGGCUGUUGGUCAAGUCAAAUUUAUGAUAGUGAAAGUCUCUGGAUGGGCAAAACCCUCUUUUUCAUCACAGCACAAUGCAUCAAUGUGUUUAGCAAGCGAAGAUAAAGGUCCUAUACAUCAUAUUUAACGGUGAAAUGUUCCCAUUCAAAGCCCCUGUUCACCAGAGUUUUUUUUGGUUUAUCAGAUUCUUGUAAAGAGAUAGAUGUAAAGAAAUCCAGACGAUAACCUUCAUCGUUUCCUUGAUCUCCCAUAAUGCCAUGCGCAAGACUACUAAGCCCAUGCCUUUCUACCUGUGCCAGGAAAAUAUGAAGUUGAAUGUUUUUCUUUUUUUCUUUUAUAAUCACUGCAUUCCACAUUGUGUCCUAUUUUUCUGUUUUAAAAUGCAUACAAUAAAGUGAUUUUAAAUGUUCCCAACUGUUGUAACAUGUUAAAGGAUUAAAUAAGGUCAGACGAAAUUGCAUUUUUAUCCAACAUUUUAUCUUAAUGCCCAUUCCUUUACACAACACCAAACCAACUCGACUUUAAGGAGUUCGGCUGUUGCUCUUUGCAACCAGGAUCUCACAACUUAAAAACCGUGCAUUGCCUAUAGUCGCCUAACAUGACUGGCAGCAAUGGCAGGUAUAUUACUAUGAUGAUGUAUUUACAUGUUUCCUUGCAGCCUCAUCCAGACUGACUACUCUGCAUAGUUUAUAUCUGCAUGGCUUGUCUGGGGGACUUGCCUCUACAGUGAGCUUUAUAAUAAAUAACUACGGCCAUUGGUUAGAUCCGCUCAGUGCAAGGGCUUCCGGCCCUUUUAUGUAAAUUAACUUCACGUCGUCUUCACGGCCCACACUGCACAUCAGGUCCCGCUCCUUAGAUAUUGUAGCUUACUCUUAUGGAAGUUUGUCUGUCUGUGCUCGUCGUUUAAGCUUCACUUUGGUUUUGCGCAACCCACAUUCCCACGUUUGUCAUGAGGGUGUUGUAGUCCAGAAGAGUGGUGCCAUGGGUCACAGUGGCGUUGGGUCUCUCGUGGGCUUCUUCUUCCAUUCUUUGCUAUGUUGCUGUACUGUAGAGCCGUCCUUGAUUUACUGUAUAUUUUUGGAGGGAAUAUUAAGGGAGAUUACUGCAAUAUUGUGAUUUAUUUGUAAUAUUGUACAGAGUUCACUGUUGUAGUCUUUUAAUUUAUGUGGAAUUCCAGCAUAUAAAUUGUGUUCUUCUUUGACCCCUCCUCCCUCUGUGGAAAACGGAAUUGUACAGCAUCUAGAGUUUAUCCCAACCUUCCCUGACAGAAUUCUCCAAGGCUACGAUUUAAGAGAAAUCUUCGAAGUGUAAAUAAAUAGUGUUCAAAUAUGAAUGUCACUUCUAAAAUGUGUCCGAAUGAGUUCAAGGGCUUCUAGAAUGAAGGACCCAAUUUUAUUUGAAUUAUGGUAUAUUGUUUUUAAUUUGCAGGAAGGUUAAACGGUUCUUAUCUAAGAUGCCUAUUUUCUUCCUUUUUGGAGUGUAUCAAUAAUGGACCUUACAAAUCACUUUUUAACCGCUUAAAAUAUAGGGGAACUCAAGUUUGCACCCUUUUUUAUGCGAAAUAAAAAUAUAUCUUCACUUUUAUGGCUUUGCCUUCAUUCGAUUUAUG